GGCCGGCGAGAGUUCGGUUGAGAGGGUGCUGGAUGGUGGGGGAGUACCACUGAUGCGAGAGCGGGCGAAAGGACUACUUUAGCACACGUUGGAGGACGGGUACAUUUAUCUACCGGAUACUGCAAAGCGCCCGGACAGGAUUCACCCAUCUGCUGUGUGUGGUGCCCUAGUGUGUUCUGCUCCUGGUUCCGAAAUGUCCCAGCGGAGUGGGCAGGAGGACCCAGAGCGGUACCUCUUUGUGGACCGCGCCGUGGUCUACAACCCGGCGGCUCAGGCCGACUGGACGGCCAAGAGGCUGGUGUGGAUCCCGUCGGAACGCAAUGGCUUCGAGGCCGCCAGUGUCCGCGAGGAGCGCGGCGACGAGGUGGUGGUGGAGCUGGCGGAGAACGGGAAGAAGGCGGUGGUCAGCAAGGACGACAUCCAGAAGAUGAACCCGCCAAAGUUCAGCAAAGUAGAGGACAUGGCCGAACUCACCUGCCUGAACGAGGCCUCCGUGCUUCACAACCUCAAAGACCGCUACUACUCCGGCCUCAUCUAUACGUACUCUGGUCUCUUCUGUGUGGUCAUAAAUCCCUACAAAAACCUGCCCAUCUACUCUGAGAACAUCAUUGAGAUGUACAGGGGCAAGAAGAGGCACGAAAUGCCCCCUCACAUCUACGCCAUCUCCGAGUCUGCGUACAGGUGCAUGCUGCAAGAUCGAGAGGACCAAUCCAUUCUUUGCACAGGUGAGUCUGGAGCUGGCAAGACGGAAAACACAAAAAAGGUCAUUCAGUAUCUGGCACAUGUCGCGUCCUCCCACAAAGGAAGAAAAGACCACAACAUUCCUCCAGAAUCACCCAAACCCGUGAAACCACAGGUGCAAAAUGCAGUUCAGAGUGGAUCCCUGUUUUAUGGUGAAUUGGAACGUCAGCUUUUACAAGCCAACCCAAUCCUUGAAUCUUUUGGGAAUGCUAAGACAGUGAAGAAUGACAACUCGUCACGUUUUGGGAAAUUCAUCCGCAUCAACUUUGAUGUGACCGGAUACAUUGUUGGAGCCAAUAUCGAAACCUACUUACUGGAGAAAUCCAGAGCUAUUCGUCAAGCCAAAGAUGAGCGCACCUUCCACAUUUUCUACCAACUGCUGGCCGGAGCUGGAGAGCACCUCAAAUCGGAUCUGCUUUUAGAAGGAUUCGACCACUACCGCUUCCUGUCCAACGGGAAUAUCACAAUCCCGGGUCAGCAGGACAAAGACAACUUCCAGGAGACCAUGGAGGCCAUGCACAUCAUGAGCUUCGGCCACGAGGAGAUUCUGGCUAUGUUGAAGGUGGUGUCCUCAGUGCUUCAAUUUGGUAACAUUAACUUUAAGAAAGAGAGGAACUCGGACCAGGCCUCUAUGCCUGAUAAUACCGCUGCUCAGAAGCUGUGUCAUCUGCUGGGUAUGAAUGUUAUGGAGUUUACCAGAGCCAUCCUGUCCCCAAGGAUCAAAGUGGGAAGAGACUACGUCCAGAAAGCGCAGACUAAAGAGCAGGCUGACUUUGCUGUCGAGGCCUUGGGUAAAGCUACAUAUGAGCGUCUGUUCCGCUGGCUGGUCCAUCGCAUCAACAAAGCUCUGGACAGAACCAAACGACAGGGUGCCUCCUUCAUUGGCAUCCUGGACAUCGCAGGUUUUGAGAUUUUCCAGUUGAACUCAUUUGAGCAGAUGUGCAUCAACUACACCAAUGAGAAGCUGCAGCAGCUCUUCAACCACACCAUGUUCGUCCUGGAGCAGGAGGAGUACCAGAGGGAGGGCAUCGAGUGGAGCUUCAUCGACUUCGGCCUCGACCUGCAGCCCUGCAUCGACCUCAUUGAGAGGCCGGCUAACCCUCCAGGAGUGUUGGCUCUGCUGGAUGAAGAGUGCUGGUUCCCAAAGGCCACCGACAAGACCUUCGUAGACAAGCUGGUCCAGGAGCAGGGCACACACACAAAGUUCCAGAAGCCCCGCCAGCUCAAAGACAAGGCCGACUUCUGCAUAAUGCACUACGCCGGCAAGGUGGACUACAAAGCAGACGAGUGGCUGAUGAAGAACAUGGACCCUCUGAAUGACAACGUGGCCACUCUUCUGCAUCAGUCAACCGACAAGUUUAUAGCUGAACUUUGGAAAGACGAGAUUCAGACCAUUCAAAGGGCUUCAUUCUAUGACACUAGUCUGGAUGACCCAGCAGUCGACCGCAUCGUGGGCCUGGACCAGGUGGCGGGCAUGAACGAGACGGCCUUUGGCGCCACGUACAAAACCAAAAAGGGCAUGUUUCGUACGGUGGGACAGCUCUACAAGGAGUCACUGACCAAGCUCAUGGCCACACUGAGGAACACCAACCCCAACUUUGUCCGCUGCAUCAUCCCCAACCACGAAAAAAGAGCUGGUAAACUGGAGCCUCACCUGGUUCUGGACCAGCUGAGGUGUAACGGAGUCCUAGAGGGGAUUCGCAUCUGUAGACAAGGCUUCCCCAACCGCAUCGUCUUCCAGGAGUUCAGACAAAGAUAUGAGAUCCUGACACCUAACGCUAUCCCCAAGGGAUUCAUGGAUGGAAAGCAAGCCUGUGAGAGAAUGAUCCGAGCCCUGGAGCUGGACCCCAACCUGUUCCGUAUCGGUCAGAGUAAGAUCUUCUUCAGAACUGGUGUCCUGGCUCACCUGGAGGAGGAGAGAGAUCUGAAGAUCACUGACAUCAUCAUCUACUUCCAGUCCGUUUGCCGGGGAUACUUGGCACGCAAGGCCUUCGCCAAGAAGCAGCAGCAGCUCAGUGCCCUGAAAGUGCUCCAGAGGAACUGUGCUGCUUAUCUGAAGCUGCGACACUGGCAGUGGUGGAGGCUAUUCACCAAGGUGAAGCCUCUGCUGCAAGUCACCAGGCAGGAGGAGGAGAUGCAAGCCAAAGACGAGGAGCUGGUAAAGGUGAAGGAGAGACAGCUCAAGGUGGAGAAUGAGCUUGUGGAGAUGGAGAGGAAACACCAACAGCUCGUAGAGGAGAAAAAUAUUCUCGCAGAACAACUCCAUGCAGAGACAGAGCUCUUUGCCGAGGCCGAAGAGAUGAGAGUUCGUCUGCUUUCUAGGAAACAAGAGCUGGAGGAGAUCCUUCAUGACCUGGAGUCAAGGGUGGAGGAGGAGGAGGAGAGGAACCAGAGCCUGCAGAAUGAGAAGAAAAAGAUGCAGUCACACAUUCAGGACCUGGAGGAGCAGCUCGAUGAGGAGGAAGCUGCGAGACAGAAGCUGCAGCUGGACAAAGUGACGGCCGAGGCAAAGAUCAAGAAAAUGGAGGAGGACAUUCUCCUGCUGGAGGACCAAAACUCCAAGUUCCUCAAGGAGAGAAAGCUGCUGGAGGACAGGAUCGGAGAGAUGACCUCUCAACUGACCGAGGAGGAGGAGAAAGCAAAGAAUCUCGGCAAGCUCAAGAACAAGCAGGAGUUGAUGAUGGUGGACCUGGAGGAGCGCUUAAAGAAGGAGGAGAAAACACGGCAAGAGCUGGAGAAGGCCAAACGCAAACUGGAUGCCGAGACCACUGACCUGCAGGACCAGAUUAUUGAGCUGCAGGCUCAGAUAGAGGAGCUGAAGAUCCAGUUGAGCAAGAAGGAGGAGGAGCUGCAUGCUGCUCUGGCCAGGAGUGACGAGGAGACCGUCCAGAAGAACAACGCCUUGAAGCAGGUUCGGGAGCUGCAGGCGCACCUGGCUGAGCUGCAGGAGGACCUGGAGUCAGAGAAGAUGUGUCGAAGUAAAGCUGAAAAACUGAAGAGAGACUUGAGUGAGGAACUCGAGGCCCUGAAGACGGAGCUGGAAGACACGCUGGAUACCACCGCUGCCCAGCAGGAGCUCCGGUCCAAGAGAGAGCAGGAGGUGGCAGAGCUGAAAAAGGCCAUAGACGAUGAGUCUCAAAACCACGAGGCCCUCAUCCAGGAGGUGAGACAGAGGCACGCCACAGCGCUGGAGGAAGUGUCUGAACAGCUGGAGCAGGCCAAGCGGUUCAAGGUCAACCUGGAGAAGAACAAGCAGAGUCUGGAGAGUGAGAACAAAGAGUUGGCCUGUGAUGUGAAGAGUCUGCAACAGGCAAAGACGGAGUCCGAAUACAAGAGGAAGAAGAUGGAGGUCCAGCUUCAGGAGUUCAUGUCCAGGGCCACUGAGGUGGAGAGGGUCAAGGGAGAGCUGGCCGAGCGCUCUCACAAACUCCAGUCAGAGCUGGACAACGCAUACACACUGCAGGAGGAGGCCGAGAAGAAGAGCAUCAAAUUGGCCAAAGAAGUUGACAAGCUGAACAGCAAACUGCAAGACGCCGAGGAGUUGCGGCAGGAGGAGACGCGUCAGAAGCUGAACCUGAGCGGUCAGAUCCGCCAGCUGGAGGUGGAUAAGAACACCUUGCUGGAGCAGCAGGAGGAGGAAGAGGAGGCACGACGCAACCUGGAGAAGCAGCUGCAGAUACUGCACUCCCAGCUUUUUGAGACAAAGAAGAAGCUAGAGGAGGACGUGGGCUCGAUGGAGGGCCUGGAGGAGGUGAAGAGAAAGCUCCAGAAGGACGUGGAGCUGACCAGCCAGCGCCUGGAGGAGAAGACCAUGGCCAUGGACAAGAUGGAGAAGACCAAGAACCGACUGCAGCAGGAGCUGGACGACCUGAUGGUGGACUUGGACCACCAGAGACAGACCGUCUCAAACCUUGAAAAAAAACAAAAGAAGUUUGACCAGCUGCUCGCUGAAGAGAAGAGCGUCUCGGCUCGUUACGCGGAGGAGCGUGACCGCGCCGAGGCGGAGGCCAGAGAGAAGGAUACCAAGGCUCUGUCCAUGGCCAGAGCUCUGGAGGAGGCCCUGGAGGCCAAAGAUGAACUGGAGAGGUUCAACAAGCAGCUCCGGGCUGAAAUGGAGGACUUGAUGAGCUCCAAGGACGAUGUGGGGAAGAGUGUCCAUGAACUGGAGAAGUCCAAACGCACUCUAGAGCAGCAGGUGGACGAGAUGAGGACUCAGCUGGAGGAGCUGGAGGAUGAGCUUCAGGCCACCGAGGACGCCAAACUGCGUCUGGAGGUCAACAUGCAGGCCAUGAAGGCCCAGUUUGACCGAGAUCUUCAGGCCCGAGACGAGCAGGGGGAGGAGAAGAAGAGGUCGCUGGUCAAACAGGUGCGUGAGAUGGAGGCAGAGCUGGAGGACGAGAGGAAGCAGAGAACUCUGGCUGUUGCCUCCAAGAAGAAGCUGGAGAUGGACCUGAACGAGCUGGAAGGACAGAUUGAAGCUGCUAAUAAAGGCCGGGACGAGGCUGUCAAGCAACUCAAAAAACUACAGGCUCAGAUGAAGGACUAUCAGAGGGAGCUGGAGGAGGCCAGAGCCUCCAGGGACGAGAUCUUCACCCAGUCCAAGGAGAACGAGAAGAAACUCAAGGGCCUGGAAGCAGAAAUCCUGCAGCUACAGGAGGACCACGCGGCGUCCGAGAGGGCCCGUCGACACGCUGAACAAGAGAGGGACGAGCUGGCCGAGGAGAUCUCCAACAGCGCUUCUGGAAAGUCGUCACUGCUGGACGAAAAGAGGAGGCUGGAAGCUCGUAUUGCCCAGCUGGAGGAGGAGCUUGAGGAGGAGCAGGGGAACAUGGAGCUGCUUAACGACCGUUUCAGAAAGACCAACAUCCAGGUCGACACUCUGACCACCGAGCUGGCCGGAGAACGCGGCACCGCCCAGAAGAGUGAGAACGCUCGGCAACAGAUGGAGCGGCAGAACAAGGAUUUGAAAUCCAAGCUGGCGGAGCUGGAGGGGACUGUAAAGUCAAAGUUUAAGGCGUCCAUCGCUGCCCUGGAAGCAAAGAUCCUGCAGCUGGAGGAACAGAUGGAGCAGGAAGCAAAGGAGAGAGCAGCAGCCAACAAGAUCGUCCGUCGCACGGAGAAGAAGCUGAAGGAGGUGAUGAUGCAAGUGGAGGAUGAGCGUCGUCAUGCCGACCAGUACAAGGAGCAGAUGGAGAAAGCCAACUCUCGCAUGAAGCAGCUCAAGCGUCAGCUGGAGGAGGCGGAGGAGGAGGCCACCAGGGCCAACGGGGCCCGCAGGAAGCUGCAGAGGGAGCUGGAUGAUGCCACCGAGGCCAGCGAGGGUCUCACCCGAGAGGUCAACACCCUCAAGAACCGCCUCAGGCGCGGCGGCCCCGUCAGCAGCUUCUCCUCCGGCCGCUCGGGCCGCCGUAACCUCAACCUGGACGGGGCCUCCGUCGACAUGUCCGACGACGACGCCGACAGCCGCGCCGGUGACUUCAACGAGACCCAAACCGCCAACGCCGAGUAACCGCGGCGACCUUCUCCCUUCCUCGCCUUUUUCCUCCCUUGUCACCUACCCACCUCACCAGUCUGUCCUCGUCAUUUCCAUCAUCUUCAUUCAUUUCAAACCCCGGGCCGGACAGAAGAUUGGAGCAAUGCUUUUGGUGAUUAUUUUUAACGGUUAAACACUGCAGGAAAAAUCCAUUGCCCUCCAGUCCCAGAGAGUCACAUGGGCAAACAAACAAUUGUGCUUCGCUGGUCUCCUCCGGCGAGCUGCUAGUCUCAGCUUCACGAGGUCGUACGCACCUCCUCCCAUCAGGCGUCAAGUUAUUUGCUCAGCUUAUUGAGAAAGUACACAAAGUGCUUUUCAUACAUGUGACAUUGUAGGUGGAGGCUGUUAAGUGUGCACGCUCAUCACGUGUGUAAUGGAUGUGAACGCACCCCCUAAUGAAUUGAAGGACUACAAGGAAAUGUAUUACACUUUAGUGUCGUUAUUAGCGUUCUGCUCACUAGUCGUGUAAAAGCCAACACAUUUCCCCCCCCCCUUUCAAAACAAAGGUCGCUGUGGCCUUUGGAACGCCACGCCUCCCUCCGGCCAACGGACUGUUUGCUUCUACACGACAGGAACCACUAACACCUCGGGACGCGCACGUGAAGAACUCAGACUCCGGUUUUGAAUUUUAUAACUGUGAAAAAAAAAGGUAUUUUAUUUUCUGUGUUUCAUCUCAACAUUGAAUGAAAGAAUGUCUCGCUGGGUUUUAACUAGAAAUCUCGGCUCAUGCGGUGAACACGUUUUGCAUUGUUGUCCCUUGUGGGUCGGCCUGAGCUUUUUAACUGGAAACCAACUGAGAAAAACUACUGGAAGUUAUGGGUUUCAACAGAGUCCUCUUACUGCUAGAGUUCAGCCCAUAACCUGCAGGAACGUUUAAAUCAGCCGCUGUUCUUACAGAAUCCUCAGACUCUCGCACCCAUGACUUUUUAAAAAGGACGUUCAAUGUUUUGAACAGUAACCAAAAAACAAGCAGCAAGUUGAUCCAAUCCAUUUAACAGUACUGGAGCUAAAGAAGAAAAACACUAUUGCAAACAUUCUGAGGGUGAGCCCGUUAAUCUUUAGCGCUUAAAUGUGAACCACAGCCCCCCCCCCCGACAGGUAAACCACUAAAACCCUUAUUCUUCAUCACGGAUGGAUCUGCUGAUUGUGUGCAGCCGACUUCUUGGUCCUUCUAGUUAACAGUAUGUUUCUUUAAAAGUGCCUUAGACACUGAAUAAGAGCAUGAGCGGGCAAUGAUUGAACUACGCGUGUGAAACAGGUACAUCGAGCAGAGAGAUUCAACCAUUUCUGUUGUGCUACAUAUCCUAGUGACUGUAACUCCAUGUUCAAUAUAACCACAAAAUCAGUAUUUACAGAAUCAUUAGCGACACGAGAAGAUGAGCCCUCGGCAGCCGGGCUUCCCAAAACAAAACGGUGUCUCCGUACUGAAGCUAUUUUGGGAGCCGAUGGUCUGUUUGGUUCAGAGCUUUAACGCCCACAAGUAGUUAACGCAAUCUUUACUUUAUUAUUAUUAUUAUUAUUACCGAGCUGGCUGUUGACAACCAGGCAUUCAACUGCAAAUACUCCCAUCAUAUUAUUUACUUGUAUUUCUAGACAUUGUUUGUUUUUGUAUGGAAAAUAAAGCGUAUUCAUUUAAUUCAGUCUAUAUUCAUUUGGCUGAGUCCAGCUCUGUUUCUACAAUCUUUUACGGUUAUUUAAGAGUUCACUAAUUUGUUGAGAUGCUCUAAUAUUAGAAUCUUGUUAAAAUUCAUCAUUAUAACAAAUAUUGCAACAUUGACACGUUCUUUAUCAUAGAGCCGCAAAUAUUAGCUAAAUUACUUUUUACGAGGGGGGGGGUUGGCAGGAAGUCACAUGUGACUUUAACGCUAACACUAAUUGUCCUUUUCCAAAAAGCUGUAAUAUAUUUUAUUAGACAUGCAUUAAGACAAACAGUCCUUUUUCCAAAGCGUUUAAAUGAUUUGUAACUUUUGACUUACUCGACAAACUUUCGACAGCUUACUUUUUACUCUUGACACUCUACAGCAUAUUUCAGUAUCACAGCUUUUUCCAACAUGCCAUAUGAGUAUUUUUCCAGCUAAUGACCCUUUUAUUGCAAACUGACUGCAUUGGAGAAAUGUUUUUGCUCUUAUUACAAAUAAAAUCUUUAAAGAGUG